CCUUUGAUUGGACGGUAGCCUCAUCAAUCAUCCUGCGUUUGAAUCUGCAGCGGUAAAAUUCCCGCAAAAGUAAUGCAACGACUUUGGCAAAUACUUCGUCUUAAAUAAUUCCCUUUGUCGUCCAGUUAAAAAGGAGCGUGUCUUAUCAACUUCGGUUUUUAAAACUGGGUUGUCAGUACGUCUAAAAAUCUGCGUAAUGUUUCCAGCUGAUCGAGUCCAGGUUCUUGGCCUCUUGCGUUCUCUGUAUGAGCACACAUGUACGCUGGAAGAGCUCACGGAUAAAAUCGUGUUCCGAGAGGGGCACAAACUGGUUCUUGUCGAACAGGCUGACACGGAUCUCUUCAAAUCCUUCUUAAGUAACAUUUUCGUCGCCUACGACAACGAGCUUCAGCAAGCGCCGAGCUGCCGCCUGUUCUUUAUCUUCCAUUGCUUUCUACAGGUCUGCACAUUUGCUGAACUGCUGGCCUUCAUUCUGAACAGCUUGGCAAGAAAGAAAAAGCGCAACGUCUUGUCACUCGGCUUCAAACUACCGUUUGUGGACGGAAAAGAGCUUGACAAUGACAACUUCAAGUUCCAUGGUGAAGUAACUCACAACAUUCUGUACCUCAAAACAAGCGAGCUGUGGAACAAAGUGGCUAAGCGUGUCGGCACUGACAUCACACGGCACCUGCUGGAGAGCUGUUCUCUGUUUGUGGUGGCGCCGCCAACGUGCGCUGUCCAGAUAUGCGGCACUCCCAUCUACGACAGGGUUUCAAAGAUUCUGCAGGCCUCCACCUUUUCUCCUCGAUUUAGGAGUUGUGGUAAUGCUAGGUCUGUAAAGAAUAGAUGUGCAGUGAGAUUGAAAAGGAGGGAUUUUCGAGCCUUCCGUGGAAAAAGGAAGAGAGAAAGCAAUGAGGAUGAUAAGGAUGAAAUAGUGUGUUCUGGAAAGAGGAGGAGACUCACAGAAGUUCACAAAGUCAAAAAGACGGUUGAAGAUGGACACUCCCUCAAGUAUGUAGAGACAAGCACUACUGUCUCCAAGCAAGCAGCUGGAACAAGCACAGGUCCUAUGAAAGGAGCACCGAGUUGGCGAUCAGGCGUCUGCCCCCCUUUGCCUCCGUCUCGGUGUUUUGUCCAAACCUUGGCCUUCCUGUACGGCGGCAGAGGUAUGAAUGGGUUCCUCCUGAACAGAAAGAGGAAGAGUGCGGCGGGCUUGAAAAGUCUUCUGGGCCAGGAUGUGGUGAGACUGAUUUUCUUUGAGGGGCUGCAGUAUCUGAAUGGAGUGGAGAGGAAACCAAAGAAGCUCCCGCGUCGCUUUUUUAACAUGAUCUCCCUUUUUAGUCAGCUUUUGUCGCAACAUAAGAAAUACGCCUACAACAGAACUCUGCGGCGCCUGUGCCCGCUGGUGCACUGCGACUUGGCCCAAGCUGAGUUGAGCUCCCUUUUGGCCAAACACUGUACGCCUCACCAAGUCUACCUUUUUGUACGGGAGUGCCUGUGCGCUGUCGUGCCGUUGGAGCUUUGGGGGUCUGCGGGAAACCGUUCUUGUUUUUUGGCGAGAGUCAGGGGCUUUUUGCGGAGCGGCAAGUUUGACAAGCUUUCAGUUGCGGAGCUGUUGUGGAAGAUGAAGGUGAAUGAUUGUGACUGGUUGAAGAUCAGUAAAAAAGGCUGGGUGCCACCCAGCGAGCUCUCAUAUCGGACCCGGGUGCUCGGACAGCUGCUUGCUUGGCUCCUGGACGGCUACGUCGUCGACCUCGUGCGAGCCUGCUUCUACGUUACGGAAGGUGUGGGUCAGAAGAACGCCCUUAGGUUCUACAGGCAUGACGUUUGGGACAGACUGCAGGAGCUGGCCUUCAGAAGUUACAUUUCUAAGGGCCAGUUGGAGGAACUGACUUCGUCUGAGGUGACAAGCCUCCCCAAAAGCACUGUCAUCUCCCGCUUGCGCUUCAUCCCAAAGACAGAUAGCAUGAGGCCCAUUAUGCGGGUUUUGGGACAAGAUACCAAAUCAAAGGCCUACCGAAAGGACAUCCGUAACCUGAAGGAUGUCUUACAGGCCUGCGUGCAGACCAAUCCGUCCCUCCUGGGUUCCACGGUCUGGGAUAUGACUGAAAUCCACAAAGUGUUGUCCACUCUUCUGCCAGACCGGAAGGAGCACAUACGGAAGCUUUACUUUGUUAAGAUGGACGUCAGCGGAGCGUACGAGAGUCUGCCUCAUAAGAAACUUCUCCAUAUGGUCCGGGAAGUUCUAUCGCCUUUCCAACACAAGACCUUUAUCACGCACUGCUAUGCCAAGAUCUGGGCAAAUUCUAUUGAGGGGCUCAAGAAGUCCUUUUCUAGACAGGGAGAAUUUUUGGUGGAUGACAGGAAGGGCAUCAAAGAUACCAUGAAUGACCUCGCGAUUGCACUGCAGAGAAGCAACAAAGUUCACCAUGCCAUCCUGGUGGAGCAGUAUUCGCAAGAUAUUCGUGUCAAAGACAUGCUUCAGGUCUUCAACCUAAUGUUGACAGGCAGUGUUUUACGCUUUGGGAACAAACUGUAUCGUCGGCUUCGUGGGAUUCCCCAGGGAUCCGUCGCAUCCGCUUUGCUCUGCUGUCUCUGCUAUGGUCACAUGGAGAACACCCUACUCAAAGGCGUGGUCGGAUCCAAAGGACGAUUGAUGAGACUGGUGGAUGAUUUCCUUCUGAUCACGCCCCACCUGCACGAGGCACAAACCUUUUUCAGGGUUUUGAUGGCCAGCGUCCCACAGUAUGGCCUGGUGGUCAACCCGCAAAAGGUGUUGGUCAAUUUUCCUCUACCGCAAAGUCUGGAUCCACAGCAUGCCGUCCGUAUCCUUAACAACUGUCUCCUCUUCCCUUGGUGCGGGCUGUUGUUAGACACGUCCACGCUUGAUGUCUAUAAAGAUUACUCCAGAUAUUCAGGCAUGUUUCUGCGCCACAGCCUCACUUUGCGCACUGUCCCCUCAGCCGGGAAGCAAAUGAGGAUGAAAUUGAUGCAGAUCCUCAGAUUGAAGUGCCACCCCCUGUUCUUGGACCUUAAGACAAAUUUGGUGACAGCUGUCUACAAAAACCUCUACGAAUUGGUUUUCCUCCAGGCACUCAGAUUCCAUGUAUGUGCCCAGAGUUUACCCUUUGGCCAAACGGUUGCAAAGAACCCUUUCUACUUUCUGCGGAUGGUAUGGGACAUGGCUCAUUACACCAGUCAUCUCAUCAGCCAAAUCAACAAAGGCUACGAGGCACUGGGUUCCCUUGUGCCGGACCAAGCAGUGGAGUUGCUUUUCUGCCUUUCAUUUUCACUGGUGUUAUCGCAACAUCGCGCUGCAUACAAGGUGAUGGGUUCUCAUCUGCAGAAACGCAAGUGCAGUCUGGAGCGCCGUCUGGGAGGUUUGCAACUGGGUUGGGUGAGACAGGCGGCCAAGCCCUCUGGAAUUCUUGGCCAGUUAAAUCUAAAAGGUGUUCUGUUAAAAAUAAAUAAAAAUAACCGCUAGGUGACAGGUUUGGAUGCGAAUGGUUGCUGGCCAUGACAAAUUGCCUUACUAGUGAAAACAAAGAUGUGUUCUGUGGUCUCUGCUGCCACCUAACGUUAUGUUUUAGUAGUGUCUGGUGCAAAGGCGGCAAAUGUACAGUAUUUGCGAGUGUGACUGUUGUGUAGGCUACAUAGCCGUGUCCGUGUAUGUAUUGAACCUAUUUCACUGGAAACUUCAUUAUCAUUUUCACCGUCUUUUGAGAUUCAAUACAAAAUAUGUGAUAAACUUGAAUUAAAAAUACCCAUUCAAAUCUAAAA